CCCUGUGGUUCAAAAUCCUCCGCUAUGUCAAAACAAUUUUUAGACAUUCCCGAUAUCAGGUUUUGGGUUUUAGUAUCCAUACUACACAGUACAAUGUUAUCUUGUGCGGAUCAUAUCCAGCCGUUGAGUACAAAGGACUUUUACAAACAGAUCUACGGGAAUGUCUGCCCAUCUGGUGAAUUAUCAUGUCUACGAGAAGUUAUGACAAACACCUUUCAAAUGUCCUUGACCCGAAAGCAAAAAGAAAAGGUUGGUAUGCAAGAAACAAUACAUUUAUUCGAAGGAAAAGAAAAUAUCGUUAAAACGUUAAGUCAAAAUCCUCCAAUCUUUGAAAUUAAAGAUUUCUUCACGAAAGACGAAUGCGAACUUGUCAUUGAUUUGGCAAAGGCAAAAGGAAUGAAAAAAAUUCCACCGUUUAAAAAUAUUGAAAAGAUGUUUAAGGAUGAGAUGCACGAGACUUUCAAGAUGUGGAAUUUAAAUGGUGAUGAUUUUAUUGAUGCUUAUGAGGUAUCAUAUGUAUACGGAAAAGCAGGCAUAUUUGUGAACGACAAGGAUAUUUAUGACAUGUUUAAAGAUUGCAAAAUAGACAAUGACGACAAUGGAAAGCUUGAUAAAAACGAAUUCGGCGAUAUGGACAAAGAACGUACCGCAAAAUGGCUCGAGAAACACAUAGCUGAUUCCGAGAUAUCUAAACCAGACAACGUAUUUAUGCAACAAACAUGGCUCUGGCACAAUGAAGACGAAUUACUUGCAUAUGAAGACCUGUUUGAGAACUAUCACGAAAGAGUUGCAAAAGUUUCAAUGUUACCAAAAAAGAUAGUAGAAAAUAGUGAGCCCAUUCAGGUAGUAAAGUAUGAAACUGGAGCGCACUAUGAUUGCCAUCAUGAUACGCAAAGUCUAUCAAAUGAGCUACCAUGUUGUCAGUAUGGCUCAUCAAAUUGUAGACUUUGCAGGUAUUUAACAAUAAUGGUUUUCUUGACUGACAACUACGAAGGUGGAGAGAAAUGUUUCCCCUUGGCUGACAACAAGACAUUUUCUCAGAAGGACUUACCUAGAGAGUAUCUUGAGAAAUGCAAUUUGGCAAAAAGCUGUAACAAAUGCAACCUACUUGUUAAACCAAAGCAAGGCAAAGCACUUCUAUGGUAUAAUCACUUAUUGAAUACCAAAACUUCUUGGAUGGGUGCACUUGAUGCGUUUUCCAGUCAUGGCGAUUGUGUAUCCGAUGGUGAAAAAUGGAUCGCAAAUAUUUGGAUUGAUAUCAUAGGAGAUGGCAAACACGAAUUAAGGUCAUGGAAAAGCGGAACAAAUUGGAUUAAACCCGGAAAUAAAAAGGAUGCUGAAAUUUAUACAUAUUUGGGUAAUCCUGACUUGAAGCAAAGUUCGAAUUACACUCAGUUUAAGGAAAGAUACUCUCCUGUCAUGAACACAAAACCUGAAACGAAUACUGAUUUUCAGGAAACUAGGUCGGGUAAAAAUUUAGGACAUAGUAAAAUUCUACAGUCAGUACUACUUCUUUUAGCCGAACUUAAACAGGAUGAACUGUAUAUUGUUGCUGACAAGUUAAGAAAGGAAAUGACACCAAGAAGAUUUUUGGAGAUUUUCUGUAAAACACAUACAUAGCAGCAAGCAUUAACAAAGUGAUCAAUUACAACUGUACAAGUUACAUUUAAUUUACCCUCAACGCAUCCAUAACAGGGGUAUUUUUAUUUUCCUAAUGGCUUUAUUAUUAUACUAAGGACGGGUUAAUAUGAGACGGGUCAGCACGGUUUAGUCGGACUAGCUCAGCAGUGCCGGAACUCGCUUCACCAAAGGAUUACAAUGGUUUUCCGUGCAGGAUAACGUGAUCCAUGCACGAGGGAUGUUGCGAGACUUUUG